UUUUUUUUUUUUUUUUUUUUUUUUGCCAUUUGUGUCAUGAAGUCAACUUUGGUAACGGUGCUAGCCUUUUUAUUGAUUAUUCAAUCAGUCCACGCAUGGCGUCAAUAUUGGUGUGCUUAUAAAGGAAAGGGAUGCCCUCUACCAGGUAUUGGACCAACUUAUAAAUGUGGUGACCAAAUUUGGGACGGUGAUACUGUUGCAAAUUACCUAGGAGUAAGUGGUAAUAAAUUUUGGAGAGCCAAUGACUACUCACAAGAAACAUUAAACAAUUGGGAAGCCUGUUGUAGUUCAGAUGAUACAAGCAAAGGUGUUUGUUAUCAUGAUUCGUAACCUAAAUUAAAAAGUAAUAAAAUGGAUUAAUUAUUUUAGAUCUUC